CAGGUCGCUCCUUCCUCAUAUCGUUCCCUUCGCGUCAUGCGGCAGGUUCCGGCUGCCUGCUGCUUCCAUGUUUCAUUCAGUUGUCUCAACGCAUGUGAGUAUUGACCAUUUCCCCUUUUUACUUCGACUUUGCCACACACAACCUUUCUCUUCUUCCACACUUCUCUUCUCUUCACUUGUGUUCCCUCACUUCUCCUUUCAUCCUUCAUCCUUCCAUCCACGAACACCGUGCUCAAGGCCGGAAGCCUCAUCUGCAGCAUCUCGAAGCCACCGAACAGCGACCAACGUCAUCAUGGCCAGAGGCAAGUGGUCCAACGGCAACAUGGGUGGGCAUCACUACGCCCGCAAGAUCACCGUUCCUGAGGGCAUGGAUAUCAGGUGUGCUUGGUGCAAUGUCAAGAAGAACAAAGGUGCUUUCUCCCAGAAGAGCAUUGAUCAGAUUGAGGCCAGGAUGUCCGACGACAGGAGCUUUGAUCCGGCCGAAGAUGCGAUUGUGCCGUGCACCUGGUGCAGAAACGGUGGCGGCGACGAAUACAAGUGCAAUGGCUGUAACAAGUGGAUGGCCAAGACCAGAUUCUCCAGGCAGGAGCGCAACAAGGACGAUCGCAGAUGUGUGCCGUGCGUGGACGAAGAUAUGGCCUCCGACCAUGACAACAACUCAGGCCAUGAUGACGAAGGGGGCGAAGACGAAGACAACGUGGGCGGCGGCGGUGGGAGCACCAAUGCUGGAACAGGCACCCUCGCCAGUGGUCUCAGCGCCAUGAGCGUCUCGGACAACCAAGCCGGUGGAGUGGCACUUUCGAAUAGCGCAGGCUCCGACUACGGAACGAACACGAGCACCCACUGGGCCAGUGGCACUUCUACCGGCGGAGUCCUGGUCGGCGCCCCUUCCGCUCCAGCCACCUUCAACAGUAGUCGAAGCAACGGCUUGCCAGGCGGCUUCAACCCCAACGGCUACAAGAGUUCUUCGAAAUCCGCGGCCGCAUCCACCUCCCGGCCCUCCGGAUUCGCCAAACCGAACAAGGGUCCGAAGCGCAACCCGGCAAACAAUAAUGGAAGUCACGCCGGAGGUGAUGAGGGAGGGGUAGACCGCCUGGAUGGUUUGUGUGCUGAAGAGUCCGAGCCGGAGAGUGAGGAAGACUGAGUGCAAAAAUGGUGUAAUACCGGGGCCGAAUCGCGACGGGAAGAGACUCAUUACAUCCUGUGCGUUCGUUUCUCAGUCCAGAGCGUCACUGUUCUAAGUUCGGACAGGCCGAUGACGAGAUGAAAUAUCUGAGGUGGGGGAAGGUAUGCGGUAUGCAGGAAUGGUUCUUCAGCGAUUGAAGGGUGGCAGCUUCUCAUCCCUACAUGGGGACAUACUAGCUGCUCUCCAAUAGGAGGAGUCUAUGAAACGGACA